AUGGCAUGGAUAGGAGGCCCGAAGCGGCGUGGGCCGCUGCAGCCGGCAUGGAGCACCAGCAACAGAACCAAGAAGAAGGACGCAGCAGAUCGUUUUUUUGACGACUUGGUAUCAGGCACGUGGCUCCCGCCUAAACCUGGCGUUGAACAGCUCACACCAGAGAAGGCAGACAAGGCUGUUCUAACAGUCAAGGAGAAGGUUUGGGCCUUGAAGAAGACUUCCAAAUGGAAGAAAAAAGGAUGGAAUGAGGUUUUCCAAGCAUGCUGCAAACUUGAUCCAGCAGAGAAGUUUGGCCGAGAUCUGGUGCGGAAGGCAUUCACCAUCGUCAUCGGGUCCCAGUUUGCUCGAGAGGCCGUAGAGGAUUUGGUCAGCAUGGCGGUCCCGAACGAGGCGCGCGGUCUCAGCUAUCAGGAAUUCAAGAAAUGGUUCGGCCCGACAAAACUGGACAUGGAAGAAGAAUGGACAAAACCCAAGAAGAAUGAGGGCCAGGAGAAGCCUCGGGAAGCACAGGAGAAAGUCUCGGGGUGGUGGCAAAGCGAAGGCUGGUACGACUCUGGAUCCUGGAGCUGGAGGCAGGGGAGGGGCGGCUGGGACAAUGACUGGAAAGAUUGGGAUUGGGGGCAGAGCACAAGCAACAGAGCGAAGAACAAGGCCGAGGGAGAUGGCUUUGUUGAGGAUUGGGGAGGAGGAUGGGCUGCGGCUUCCGGGGAAAGCACUACACCAGCGAAUGAGAGGUGGUGCGACCAGGUCACCGAGGCACCCCUGGGCCCCCAGCCUGACGGCGCACGUAAGGUGGAAAAAAGAGACGAGGUUGCAAUCUUUCAAGAACUGGUGAAGGCCGUGCAAGAGCAGCGCCGACAGGAGCAGUUGAAACGACACAACGAAGCUGUGGAGGCAGCCGAGUCCAAGGUCAGAAACGUGCAACGCCGUCGCGAAGAAGUGCUGGGGCAGCAACAACAGGAGCAAUUGAACUGCCAGACGGAGCUGAAGCGUUUGGACGACGAGUUAGCAGCACUUCAAGCCACAAAGGCUUGGUUGGCUCGCGAACCGGUAUUACCGAAGUGCAUAGCAUGCUGCGACAGUCCUGCGGACCAGAUCUUUAUUCCGUGUGGACAUGUCCAGUUUUGCAAGCGCUGUGCUAUCACGCACAUGAAGACACGAAACGAGACGCGUGAGAAUGCAUCGAGGGUACAUUGCCCAUCAUGCCGAGAGGUGAUUUCCCACCACCGGACCGUGAGGCUAGGCCAUUUUUAA